UGGACCAAACACACCAGUAAGGAGAACUCGAGACUAGGAUACGCAUGGCUUCGGUGUCCCUGGGCGCCUUGACAAUAAGCAGCGGGUUAUGAGGACAGUCGAUUUGCUCUGUGGCAUUUCCAGGCUGUGGACCCCGCGUCAGUCGCCAGAGCACAGCCUUGGGCAGAGGGGCGCGGGAGAUUCACGAGAAGGGGCAGCAAGCUUCCUGAUUGACAGCCCGAAAUCUGAUCUUGUGAAAGAGACGCGGAGCCAAUGGGAGGCAGCGAUCCAUCAGUUUGGAUUGGAGGCCCCUGGAGGAGAAGUAGAGGAAAAACCACCGAAUUGAGCUCUGUCAGAGGCGCUUUCGGCUUCCAAGGGGAAGUGCUGGGCAAUAAUUAAUGUUUUUAUUAAAAUUGGAGGGAAUUUUUUGCAGCCGUUCGCCCAGCGUGGCCUUCAGUCCCGUUAGGUGCAAAGCAAGUCUCGUUGAUCGCCAUUGCUAGUUUUGCACACGUUUGCGAAUCAGAGCUGCCCGGGGUACACCGACCGUGCAGGGAAACAUCGAGAGUGUAAAUAAAUACAUCGCCUCUUGUUCGGAUUUUUGCUACUGCCGAAAAUAUGUAAAUUGUGAACUCUCUGGGCUCUCUUUGGAUCCAGGUUGAUAGAAGUCCAGAUCCCGAGGAAAUCUCCAGCUAAAUGCUCAAAAUAUAAAACACUGAGCUGAAAUUUGCGAAGAGCAGCAGGAUGGAUGGAUUUUAUGACCAGCAAGUGCCUUACAUGGUCACCAAUAAUCAGCGUGGGAGAAAUUGUAACGAGAAACCAACAAAUGUCAGGAAAAGAAAAUUCAUUAACAGAGAUCUGGCUCAUGAUUCAGAAGAACUCUUUCAAGAUCUAAGUCAAUUACAGGAAACAUGGCUUGCAGAAGCUCAGGUACCUGACAAUGAUGAGCAGUUUGUGCCAGACUAUCAGGCUGAAAGUUUGGCUUUUCAUGGCCUACCACUGAAAAUCAAGAAAGAACCCCACAGUCCAUGUUCAGAACUGGGCUCUGCCUGCAGUCAAGAACAGCCCUUUAAAUUCAGCUAUGGCGAAAAGUGCCUGUACAAUGUCAGUGCCUAUGAUCAGAAGCCACAAGUGGGAAUGAGGCCCUCUAACCCCCCAACACCAUCCAGCACGCCAGUGUCCCCACUGCAUCAUGCAUCACCAAAUUCAGCUCACACUUCGAAACCUGACCGCGCCUUCCCGGCUCACCUCCCUCCAUCGCAGUCCAUACAAGACAGCAGCUACCCCAUGGAUCACAGAUUUCGCCGCCAACUUUCUGAACCCUGUAAUUCCUUUCCUCCUUUGCCGGCCAUGCCCAGGGAAGGACGUCCCAUGUACCAACGGCAGAUGUCUGAGCCAAACAUUCCCUUCCCACCUCAAGGCUUUAAGCAGGAGUACCACGACCCAGUGUACGAACACAACACUAUGGUUGGUGGUGCGGCCAGCCAAAGCUACCCCCCUCCUCUGAUGAUUAAACAGGAGCCCAGAGAUUUUGCAUAUGAUUCAGAAGUGCCUAGCUGCCACUCCAUUUAUAUGAGGCAAGAAGGCUUCCUGGCUCAUCCCAGCAGAACAGAAGGUUGCAUGUUUGAAAAGGGCCCCAGGCAGUUUUAUGAUGACACCUGUGUUGUCCCAGAGAAAUUCGAUGGAGACAUAAAACAAGAGCCAGGAAUGUAUCGGGAAGGACCCACCUAUCAGCGGCGGGGAUCACUUCAGCUCUGGCAGUUUUUGGUAGCUCUUUUGGAUGAUCCUUCAAAUUCUCAUUUCAUCGCCUGGACUGGGAGAGGCAUGGAAUUUAAACUGAUUGAGCCUGAAGAGGUGGCCCGGCGCUGGGGCAUUCAGAAGAACAGGCCAGCUAUGAACUAUGACAAACUUAGCCGUUCACUCCGCUAUUAUUAUGAGAAAGGAAUCAUGCAAAAGGUGGCUGGAGAGAGAUAUGUCUACAAAUUUGUGUGUGACCCCGAAGCCCUCUUCUCCAUGGCCUUUCCAGAUAAUCAGCGCCCGCUGCUGAAGACGGACAUGGAGCGUCAUAUCAAUGAAGAGGACACGGUGCCUCUGUCUCACUUUGACGAGAGCAUGGCCUACAUGCCAGAAGGGGGCUGCUGCAACCCCCAUCCCUACAACGAAGGCUACGUGUAUUGACAGAAGUGACAGUCAGGGGCCUCCUCGCGCUUUUCCUCUCUUGCAAGAUGCAGAGAAUCUCUGAAUUCUCUUCAAUCUUUGUUUGAUUUUUGUUGUUUGUAUUUUAUUUUUAAAUAAUAAUACACAAAAAGGGGCUUUUCCUGUUGCAUUAUUCUAUGGUCUGCCAUGGACUGUGCACUUUAUUUGAGGGUGGGUGGGAGUGAUCUAAACAUUUAUUCUGUGUAACAGGAAGAUAAUGGGUGAAUGGGAGGGGGGAUUUGGGGAUUACUUUUUACUUAGGCUUGGGAUGGGGUCCUACAGGUUUUAAAGUAUGAUGAAGCUAUAUCAUGUUUAUUUGAUUUCAUAACAACAUAGAAAAUGUUCAUUUCCUCUGGGUAUCUAUGGUACAGUUAAUUCACAUUGUGUAAAUAUCCACUUGGAGACUAUUUGCCUUGGGCAUUUUCCCCUGUCUUUUCUGAGUCUCCGCAAGGUAUACAAAUAAAAAAAAAAAAAAAAAAAAAGAAAAAAAAAAGAAAGAAAACAAAAAACAAACAAAAAAACUACUGUAAAAGGCAGUUUAAUUGUUAGAAAUGACUGUUUUUGAACCUCUUGUAAAAAGGUAUUUAGAGAUUGCAUUUGCUGUUUUUUUGUUUUGUUUUGCUUUAUGUAUGACUCACAGAGGAUAACCAUAAAAUGGGGUAAUUCUCUCUGAAGUUGAAAUAAUUAACAUGACUGUAAAUGAGGGGCACAGUUUUGGACUCUGGCUCCCAACUGAGUCACAGGCCAGUAGCAGUACAUGUAUCUGGUGCCACCUUGCUGUUUAGAUACAAAUCAUACUGUCGUUUAAAUAUUUUGAAGCCAUUUCAAUUAAGUAAUGAUAUUUUUCCUGGUCCUUUGAGAUUGUCAUUUAAAUGUUAAAUCUGGGAUCACAAUGAAGUAAAAAAUCUCUGUCUCCUUUCACUUCCUUCAGUACAUAAAGACAUUAUUUAAUCAAUAAGAAUUAACUGUACUAAAUCACAUAAUAUGCUGUUCUAGAUACAGCAAGCACUCUUUAAGAAAAAUAUCCAAUACACUAAAUAGGUACUAUAGUAAUUUUUAGACAUGGUACCCAUUGAUAUGCAUUUAAAUCUUUUACUGCUGUGUUAUGUUGAUAACAUAUAUAAAUAUUAGAUAAUGCUAAUGCUUCUGCUGCUGUCUUUUCUGUAAUACUCUCUUUCACGCUGAAAUUACUAUGACCAUUUAUAAGCAAUGCAGUUAACUACAGGUAGCAUUUCAGGACAAAAUAGAUGACUCGAACCAUUUAUUGCUUAAAAAGUAGCUUAUGCCAUGCUAUGCUAUAAGCAGCUUUUAUACACAUUGACAAAAUGAAGAGUGAGCUUCAGUUUGCUAAGGGGAACUGUGGAAACUUUUGUAACUUUUGGUGAAAUGGAAAAUUAUUCACAGACUGUCAAGGAAUAAGUGGAAGUUGCUGUUAUGACAUAGUGCUGGCACUCAUAUUAUCUACAGUCUUGUUUUGGACACUUGUGUAAAUGUGACAGGAUAGCUUGAAAGAAGAUUUAAAGAUUUAAAGUUUCAAAGGUUUUUGUUUUGGUUUGGUUUUGCAUUUGGAGAAAAUAUUGAAAGGAGGAUAUGUUGUUCCAUUCACCUUGAAAAAACCCAGAAGUAAAUGGUGUUACAGUAUCUCUGAAUAGCUUGCUAAACGAUUCAAGCAAGAAACAUGAAUUUUGUUCAAUCCAUCAGUAUCUAGGAAAAACAAAAAUUUUUAAAGAAUCAAUAGCAAAAUGUUAAAAAAAAAAAGUCCUAUACACAAAGCCAAAAUCAAAACCAAUGUUUAAAAAGUAUUUCGUGAUGAGCACAGGAAAAAUUGUUGAAAAACCAUCUCCUGGCAACCCAUUUUCCAACAUGACAUAGUUCACAACUCAUGUCUCUAAAUUAAACAGUUAUUGGGAAACCCACGUACCAUAAUUAAUACUACUCACAUUAAUCCUACCAAAAAAAAAAAUUCUAACAACAUAACUAUGUAACCUGUGAUUUCAAUGAUUGUCCUAUAUAUAUGUUAUAUAUCAUUAGGCCCAUUAUGGGCUAAUAAUUAUGCCUUAAAAAAUCAGAACUUUUCCCCCCAUUAUACUGAUGUGGCCAUUUACAGCACUUAGAAUAAAAAGAGAUUCUAAAAUAUUCAGCUAAAGUUUUAUUGGAAAGGGAAUUGACAUAUUUUGAGAAAUUGAAGGAGAAAUUGAAAGUGGGUCUUUAAAAUAUGAUCUAAAUGAAAAUUAUUUGAGGAUUCUUUUUCUGUUUUGUUCUCUUUUUCUUUUUUCUUUUAAAUUUCUACUUCUAGUUUGGCAGUGGAAAAGAAUUGGGCUGUGAAUUAUUUUAAGGGAUCAAAGAAUUGGUAUUAAUUAUAUGAUAUUUAAGGACAAAUUAUAUAUUUUGCUGUUUACAGUAGUGACUCACUGAAUGAAAAAAGUAAUUGGCCAACAUUAAGGAUAUUUCCAGUACAGAAGGGUUCAAAACAUUGCAUUAAACUCUUUUGGGAAAUGUAUCUAAAUUUUUUUUGAAAUUCUGUUCUUAUUCUACUUUUUGUUUGGUUGUAUUUUAUUUUCAGGUAGAUUAAUAAAUCUGGCAGCUGAUUUCUGCAA